UUCUUCGGUUGGCAUAUUAUUUCAUAAGUGGUGGGGGACUGCAAUUCAUCUUACUAUCUUGUUUUCAAAUGGAUGUUUCAUAAUUUGUGUUAAUAUGAUAUUACUGGUUGAAUAUGUUUUGUCUUGCUGGGAUUAUAGGUGUGGAGGUCGUGCAAACACCAGAGUAGAAUUUGAAUUGGGAAACCCUCCAAUGUUCCUCGCCAUACAUCUUAUAUACCUCAUUUCCAACUCAGGAAGCAUCAAUUUUACUGAGGUUGUGGAGCUGUUUGGAGAAAGGUAUAUGAUAUUCCUCUUCACCAUGGCCCGCCUAGACGCCUGGGAAAAUGGAUUGUUCAUCCCGGGUCACUACAUGUCCUAUGUCUUCCGACCAGAACGGGGUGGAGAAUUUGGCAGAGAUGGGAGACCAGUAGGAAACUGGUUUUUUUACCCCAAUAAUUUACAUGGGGACAUGGAGCCUUGGACACCUGGCCAAGCAGACCCUGCAGGAACCAAACCUAGUUAUAUUUACCUCGUUCGGAUUCCUCCUUCCUCUUCUGGAGGAGCCACUUCUGGUCAGGAAGAAGAGGGUCCAAAACAGGAGGAAGAUCACAAUUAAGAGUAGACAUUCAUCCAUCAACAUGAUAUCAGACUGUCAAAAACAUAUAUAUCAAAUCUUCUUGAUCAACUGAAAAAUACAACAAAAACUAUUAAGUACAAAAUGUAUAUAACAAUGAUACCCUGAUCAUGAGCAUGCUCAAAAAAGGAAGAAGAUGACAAUGAGAA